CCCCGCCCAGGCGCCCAUUCCGCCAUUCUUGGCUGUGCUGGCCCGACCGUGAGUCCUUUCUCCGCUGAGGCUGCUUCCGCCUUCCGGUUGAACGUCCUGCUGAACAUGCCUUUCAUUGAGCUGGACACAAGCCUGCCCGCCAGCCGCUUGCCCGCUGGGCUGGAGAAGCGGCUGUGCGAGGUCGCCGCCACCAUCCUGGGCAAACCAGUGGACCGCAUAAACGUCACUGUGCGGCCUGGCCUGACCAUGGUGCUGAGCGGAUCCACAGAGCCCUGCGCCCAGCUGCUCGUCUCUUCCAUCGGUGUGGUGGACACUGCGGAGAAUAAUCGCGUACACAGCGCCAGCUUCUUCGAGUUCCUCACCAAGGAGCUGGCCUUGGGACAGGAUCGGAUAAUUAUCCGCUUUUUUCCCGUGGAGCCCUGGCAGAUUGGAAAGAAAGGCACUGUCUUAACGUUUUUAUGAUCAGCACGAAAGAUCCAGGGCAUCUGUCUGUGAGCUGGCUGCCUCUUCCCAAGAAC